AUGGAUAAAAAUCAGAAUAUUGAAGAAUAAAAUGAUGAUAUGCAAUAGUUAAGAGCAAGAUUCUAUAGCUCGAUGAAUUAUAACGAAUACGUUAACACCUUUGACAAGCCUCCUCAAAAGCCUGCUUUUAAACCAGUUAAAAUGACUUUGGAAGAGUAAAUUAACGAAAUCAAUUUGGAUGACUUAAAAACUGACGACUCUUUGAAGCUACCCGAAGUGAGAAAACCAAGUUAAUCUGUAAAUUUUAUGAUAGGAAAGUACUCCUCUUCCUAUUUAACUUAGAGUAAUAAUACAAAUUAAGUGAAAGAGGAACCAAAUUCAUAAAAUUCUACAACAAUUGCUACUUAGUAAGCUGAAUAAAUUGAAGAAAUUGAAGAAGAAGAUUAGUUUGAGUCUGAAUUCUCAAUCAGCAAUAAUAAAAUGGAUUAAGGUUAUAAAAAUAGAAACCGCUCUCAGAGUGAGAAUAGUUACAGUAUAUUUAACUUUUUAGAACGCACACGUAAACAAUCUCUUGCUAAUUGA